CUCUCUCGGAGUGGGAGGGGCUGGCGACUGGCGUGGCGUCACGUCCGCGUGAGAGCGAUACGCAGGAGAGUACGCGCAGUGAGUGAGUGCGAACGCGAGAGGAUGGAGGCCGCAGAGCAGCAGCGGAGCUCGAGUGACGGCGCGGCCGCCAGAGGAGCAGGAGUUCCGGGCAGCGGAGGCGGAGCAGGGUCGGGGGGAGGCGCGGAAGGCGAGCGGGACAGAGAUCGAGCCACCUUCGAGUGCAACAUCUGCCUGGACACCGCGCGAGACGCGGUCAUCAGCCUCUGCGGACAUCUGUUCUGUUGGCCAUGUCUUCAUCAGUGGCUGGAGACGCGUCCCAGCAGACAGCAGUGUCCCGUGUGUAAAGCAGGAAUCAGUCGAGAUAAAGUCAUUCCUCUGUACGGCCGCGGCAGCACCAGCCAGGAAGACCCCAGAUUGAAAACACCGCCACGACCUCAGGGUCAAAGGACAGAACCAGAGAGCAGAGGAGCGUUUCAGGGCUUUGGUGACACAGGGUUUCACAUGUCGUUUGGAAUCGGGGCUUUUCCGUUUGGUUUUUUCACCACAGUCUUUAACACCAAUGACCCUUUUCACAGACGAGAUCCUCAUUAUGGAGGCGAUCAUCAAGCCGAUGGCAACCCCAACAACGGCAACAACUGGCAGGACUCGCUCUUCCUCUUCCUGGCCAUCAUCUUCUUCUUCUGGAUGCUGAGCGUGUGACGCCUGCGAUUGAAGCGACAGUAUCGUGUGCUUUCAGAAGAUCGGCUGUCUGUGUCUCAUAUACACACACACACACUCACACACACACAUCAGUGUUGAGAGAGACAGUAUUAAUGAUCAAACACUACAGGAGCUCAUGAAGCAGCUCGCAAAACACAGCAUAUUUCACCUCAAAAUCAACACAAACGCAAUGAGAAAUUAUUGCACAUAAAGGUUUCUUUUUUGACCCUGAAACUAUUUUCAAUGAACCUGCAUUCUAAACUUAUUUUCAGGAUGAUUAAACACAUUUAAUCUCAAAAUCUCAACUCUUAACUAAUUGUCAUAAAAAGAAUGUCACAAUGCAAUGAAUGCAUACAGUCUUAAUAGUUAUAAAAAUAGCCAUCAAGUUAAGAAAUGCUAUGAGAAAUUGCUUUAAAUGUUCAUUGUUUGAAACUGAAACUUCUUUCUGGAAUUAUUUUCAUGACAUUUAAACCUAUUUAUUCCCAAAAUUCUCAUUUCUAUAAGUUGAGAUGUUCUUAUUACUGUAAUAACAUAAUUUGUUUUUGUAUUACAGUAAUAGUAGUUGUGAGGAGAAAAUGUUUAAGUGUUUAAGUCAGGGUAAAAAUAUCACCAUGUAUUAAUAAUGUAUUUUCUUUCUUGUGAUUUUUGGGGUGAAAUAUUACCCACACACGUUUCAUGAGAUUCACCGUAUUUUAUGCUCACAAAUUUCUGUGGCAUGCCAAAGAAUUUCUGAAAUGAGAGACCGAUGAAGACAGAUGUGAUUUAUGUAGGAUUUGUUUGAUUACUCCUGAAAGUGAUCGGAGGCCGCGUCACUGCAUUUGGACGAUGUUCACUGCACAUAAUGAGGGACGAUCCUUAACUUAAAACACAAUUAAAGGAAUUAAAACACAAUUAUGUAAUAAAAGGGUGAAUCUCAUGAAUCAUUUAAAGAAAUGUCCAGGUCAUAUUUCAUCCCAAGAUCAAAAGAAAAAAAUCUUAAGCUUAUGCUUAUUUUAGGACCUUUGCAAUUUUAAAGCACAAUAUUUAUAUAUAUAUAUAUAUAUACACACACACUCACGCACAUAUACGUGUAUGUAUGCGUGUGUGUAUGUAUGUUUGUAUAUAUAUCUGAAGAUGUGAAAAUCUAAUUAGAAGGCAUAUAUGUAUACAUCUCAUUGCUAUGAUGCAAAAAUAUGAGUGUUAUUUUCAUAGCAAUGAGAAUUUUUGAUGAUGACGAUAAUAUAUAAUUGUUAUUAAAAUGUAAAAAAAUUGCAAAGGUCGUGAAAUGGGCUUACUUUUAGCAUAUGCUAUUUGAUAUUUAUUGUACUGCCUUUUAGUUGUGCUGAAAUGAAAGAAAUCAUAUUGUGAAAAUGACUAUGACAAAUGUGGCAUUUGGAAAUUUCAGAAAGAUUACAGAAAUAAGAGUUUAAGAGUUAAAAAUGUUAAUUGUCCUAAAAAUGUCACAAUGCUGAGAAAAAAAAAGCAGUUCAUUUCUUUUGUUUUUGGUUUGGAGUGAAAUAUAUGCUGAAUAUGCUUUUGUGAGAUCCACCGUUUAUUUACAAUGUUUUCUGUGAGAUUUAGUUUAAAGAAUCGUCAUAAGCUAACGGUGAUCAGACGCUGAGGCGAGUCCUGGUUUAGACGUUCAGAUCAGGACGAGCUUAAGUUAGGUCUGUUCAGGAAGUGUUUCCACAACAGUUUUAUCUGCUGUGUGUUUGUUGUGUAAAGCAGACACGCCGUACGUCACAACUUAUUAAUCGCCUGAUUCACACACAUCCAGUUAAUGAGAAAAGACAAAUUUAUUAUGCAUUCAGUAAAGGUCAUAUUGUUGUCACGUCCUGAAAGAUUAUAGAGAAGAACGGUAGGCCAAUUAAAAAAAGUGAGUUUAAUUUUCAUACACCCUUCAGAGUUCUCAGAGGAGCAAGUGUUGGUGUGUAUGUGGGUGUGUAUAUAUGUGUAUAUAUGGAUAUUGUACAUGAUGUUUUUAAGCGUCUCUCUCUGUCAUUGGCUGUGACGUUUGAUUGACAGCCGGGAGGUGAUGGUUUGUAAUCCCGUCGGUUUUAACUGUUUGUCAAUGUAACAAACAUCCUGUGAACAAGAACAUUUCUGUUGAUUUCCUCUCACUGUAAAGUGAUUGGCUGGUUUGGACCUACUGUGACCACGCCCACUUGUAUAAUGUCACAGCACUGGUCGUGUUGAUUGACAGCUGCUGGGCAUAAAGUGGGCGGGGUUUAUGCUCAGAUUUCAAUGACUUUGGGUGACUUUAGUUGAAAAUGCUUUUGUUUGUCACUUUCCUUUUUGCAUAUCGCUGGUUAAUUAUGUUUGUAACACGUCUUCUUUUGCCAUAAAAAGUCUUUUGGUAGCUAAAUUGCAUAUAAUUAUUGUGCAUAUGGGGCAGAAACUAAAGUGGGUGUGGCCUGUUCUCUGGCACUUGAGAAAUAAACAUUUAAUACAA